AUGAAAGUUGGCCCUUCCGAAAUAAGACAACAAUUGCAAUUGGAAAUUUCCAAUUUGCAGCUUGUUGAGGCCACAGAGCAUCAGGGUGUCUUGCUUUCCAUUUUUUCUGUGGUCGAGAUCAGGGACUCUGGCAUCAUGGUCGAGGCAAGGGAUAUCAUUUCCCCUUUUCUGGUGAAGCAAGUAUUUCUUUCAAACUCAUUUUCAAAAUAUCUCUCCCGUCCAUGCUGCCCCAACACUGCAUCCAUUGUUAGUUGCAUCGAAUCUUCUUCAGAAGUGCUGAUUUGCUUACUCGAUAUUAUUGAGCUUUCGGAUUUUAUUAUUUGCAAUGUUUGGAGGCCGGGCUAUCUCAACUGA